AAGCACCUCUCGCUGUCUUCGUCUUCCUUCUUCAUUCUCGAUCUGCUUCUCUCUCUCUCUCUCUCUCUCUCUCCCCCCCCCCCCCCCCCAAAAAAAAAAACUCUCUCUCUCUCUCUCGUUCGAUCAAGUUUGGCAGGUUUGAAGGGCAAUAUGUCUUCUCUGAGCAGAGAGCUUGUUUUUCUUAUACUUCAAUUUCUCGAUGAAGAGAAAUUCAAAGAUAGUGUUCACAGACUGGAGCAAGAAUCAGGUUUUUUCUUUAACAUGAGAUAUUUUGAGGAAAUGGUGACAAACGGGGAUUGGGAUGAGGUGGAGAAAUAUUUAUCCGGAUUCACAAAGGUUGAUGAUAACAGAUACUCCAUGAAGAUCUUCUUUGAGAUCCGAAAGCAGAAGUAUCUAGAAGCCCUAGACGGGAAGGAUCGUGCUAAAGCUGUUGAUAUUUUAGUCAAGGACUUGAAAGUUUUUUCAGCUUUUAAUGAAGAUCUCUUUAAAGAGAUUACACAGCUUUUGACGUUGGAUAACUUUAGAGAGAAUGAGCAACUAUCGAAAUAUGGAGAUACCAAGUCUGCUAGGAGUAUAAUGCUUGUUGAACUUAAAAAGUUGAUUGAAGCAAACCCCUUAUUUCGUGACAAGCUAACAUUUCCUAAUUUGAAGAAUUCAAGAUUGCGAACGCUGAUUAACCAAAGCUUGAAUUGGCAGCACCAGCUUUGCAAGAACCCAAAGCCUAACCCUGACAUAAAAACCCUGUUUGUAGACCAUUCUUGUGGACAGUCGCAGCCAAAUGGUGCCCGUGCUCCUUCUCCUGUGACCAAUCAACUAAUGGGUGCUGUUCCUAAGCCUGGGGGUUUUCCACCUCUGGGUGCUCAUGGUCCAUUCCAGCCAGCACCAGCUCCUCUGCCAGCAUCACUUGCGGGAUGGAUGGCUAAUCCAUCUCCAGUUCCUCACCCCUCUGCUUCUGCUGGGCCUAUGGGCUUUGCUACACCUAAUAAUACUGCUAUUAUAAAGCGCCCAAGGACUCCUCCAACAAAUAAUGCUGCUAUGGACUAUCAGACAGCAGAUUCUGAACAUGUGUUGAAAAGAUCAAGGCCUUUUGGAAUGUCAGACGAAGUACUGCAUAACAAUUCCUCUGUCAAUAAUCUGCCUGUCAAUAUCCUGCCUGUUGGUUAUCCGGCUCAGACCCAUGGUCAGAGUUCAUACUCUUCUAAUGAUUUGCCCAAGGAUGUUGUGAUGACAUUAAAUCAGGCUUCAUCUGUGAAGAGUAUGGACUUCCAUCCAGUUCAACAGAUUCUACUGCUUGUUGGAACAAACACCGGAGAAAUCAUACUAUGGGAUCUAGGUAGCCGAGAGAGGCUUGCUCAUAGGAUUUUCAAGGUUUGGGACCUCGGAAAAUGUUCAGUGCCUCUGCAGGGAAGUCUGUCCACUGAUUACACUGCUUCAAUCAAUCGUGUGAUUUGGAGUCCAGAUGGUACCCUGUUUGGUGUUGCUUAUUCCAAACACAUUGUGCACAUAUAUACCUACCAUGGUGGUGAAGAUGUACGGAACCAUCUAGAGAUUGAUGCUCAUGCUGGUAGUGUUAAUGAUCUUGCUUUCUCUUAUCCAAACAAGCAACUUUCCGUUGUCACCUGUGGGGAGGAUCGAUUUAUCAAGGUGUGGGAUGCAGUUACAGGGGCAAAGCAGUAUAUUUUUGAGGGUCAUGAUGCGCCUGUCUAUUCUGUAUGUCCACAUCACAAGGAAAACAUUCAGUUUAUUUUCUCAACGGCAACUGAUGGGAAAAUAAAGGCAUGGUUGUAUGACAACUUGGGUUCUAGAGUUGACUAUGACGCUCCAGGUCAUUCAUCCACCACAAUGGCAUACAGUGCCGAUGGGACCAGGUUGUUCUCCUGUGGAACCAAUAAAGAAGGAGAUUCUUACCUUGUGGAAUGGAAUGAAAGUGAGGGAGCCGUCAAGCGUACAUAUCAUGGUCUUGGAAAACGAUCUGCGGGGGUUGUGCAAUUUGAUACAACAAAGAACCGGUUCUUGGCAGCUGGUGAUGAGUACACGGUCAAAUUUUGGGAUGUGGACGGUGUUAAUUUAUUGACAACUGCAGAUGCAGAUGGUGGACUGCCGGCUUCUCCUUGUAUUCGAUUCAACAAGGAAGGGAUACUGUUGGCUGUGUCAGCGAAUGAUAAUGGUGUCAAAAUUCUAGCAAAUGCAGAUGGGAUUAGAUUAUUGCGGACAGUUGAAAGCCGUCCAUUUGAUGCUUCUAAAGUUGGACCUGCAGCUGUUGUGAAGGCCCCUGCAAUGGGAGCAUUUGGUACGCCUAAUGCAUCCAUUGGACCUAGCAUUAUGGACCGUGCUGCUCCUGUGGCAUCCAUUGUUGCAUUGAAUGGCGAUAAUCGAAGUUUGGUAGAUGUAAAACCCAGAAUCACAGAAGAGUCUGCAGACAAAUCUAGGAUCUGGAAACUGACAGAAAUAAAUGAACCGUCACAAUGUCGAUCCCUGAGGCUUCCAGAUAAUUUGGCGCCAACAAAGGUUUCUAGGUUGAUGUACACAAAUUCAGCGUUUGCCAUUUUGGCACUAUCAGCCAAUGCAGUGCACAAGCUUUGGAAAUGGCAGAGAAAUGAUAGAAAUAUAACUGGCAAGGCUACUGCUACUGUUGCGCCCCAGCUUUGGCAACCCUCUAGUGGAAUAUUGAUGACAAAUGAUAUCAGUGAUACAAACCCUGAAGAUGCUGUUCCAUGCUUUGCUCUCUCAAAGAAUGACUCUUACGUCAUGUCAGCUUCAGGAGGGAAAAUCUCAUUAUUCAAUAUGAUGACAUUCAAGACAAUGACAACUUUUAUGCCUCCACCACCUGCAGCAACAUUUUUAGCAUUCCAUCCUCAAGACAAUAAUAUCAUUGCAAUAGGAAUGGAGGACUCUUCUAUCCAAAUAUAUAAUGUCCGAGUUGAUGAGGUUAAAACAAAGCUCAAAGGCCAUCAAAAAAGAAUAACAGGCCUUGCCUUCUCUGCUGUUCUUAAUGUGCUGGUUUCCUCAGGUGCUGAUUCCCAGCUGUGUGUUUGGAGCACAGAUGGAUGGGACAAGCAAACCAGUAAAUACUUGCAGAUUCCAAGUGGACGUACUCUGAGUCCUCUUGCAGAUACACGCGUGCAAUUUCACCAAGAUCAGAUUCAUGUGCUGGCAGUCCAUGAAACUCAGAUAGCCAUAUAUGAAGCAUCUAAGCUAGAAUGCCUUAAGCAGUGGGUUACCCGUGAAGCAAAUGGUCCAAUCACACAUGCUGCGUAUUCCUGUGAUAGCCAAUCCAUAUAUGUCAGCUUUGAAGAUGCUAGUGUUGGAGUGUUCACUGCUUCAACACUCCGAUUGAGAUGCCGAAUUAGCCAGGCUGCCUAUAUACCUAACAACCCAAGCAUGGGAGUUUAUCCUCUUGUCAUCGCCACACAUCCAACUGAACCUAAUCAGUUUGCUUUAGGACUAACCGAUGGUGGAGUCUAUGUCAUUGAGCCUCUGGAAACAGAAGGGAGAUGGGGCACCUCCCCCCCACUUGAAAAUGGUGCCGGCCCUAGCGCAGCCUCUGGUGCCGCCAAUCCAGAUCAACCCCAAAGGUGAAAUCCAAUAUGCAUGAAUGUUUGUCUCCGAGCUUGUAGACACAAUCCAUCUCUUACAUGUGGUUUCACUCCCUACCAUGGAUCCCACCAUGAUUUUAUUCUCAAUGGGGAAGCUUGAACAUUCUUUUUGUUGGGAAGUGAAUCUGCAAAAUUUAGGUCUCAUAGAUGUAGCAUACUCAGAGGGCAGCAGACCUAGUAGAGUUAGUUUAAGGGUUAUUUAUCAGUGGCUUUCAAAUUUUAUUAAACCCUAGACAGAGGUGCUGAUCUCUCAUUAAAAAGACCAUUUUCAGCAAGUUGAGAUCUGUUUGUGUAAAAAAUCUAUAAGCAGUAUCCAUGGAAGUCUGUUUGGAUCCUCAAGGAACUUGGGCAGGAAAUGUGAAUUGGCUUGAUUGCUAGCCCUAGUUUUUGUUCUUACUCAUAAAAGAAGAAUACAAAGUUAUUAAUUUGUUCUUUUAUAGUUAAAUGUAUUAAGCAGGCUUGGACUGUUUUCUUUC